CUUUCAACUACCAACGCGUCUCUUCAUGCCCCUCCGUGCGCAGUGCGCAAGUUUUUCUACUUCGCCAUUCCGCGCCGCCGAGACAGCCGAACCCUUCAACGCCGCCGCCGAGCUCGACGCCGUCCUUCUUCCACCGAACCGGAGUGAAAGAAGAUGCCGUCACUUCAAAAGGCUUUACCUCCAGAACUUGCUGAUAAUGCACUCAGAUUAUACCGCGAAUGCUUAAGGAGGGCUAAGUUCAUCGGGAGUCAGCAACACAACACCGGGCUUCUUGUUUCCAUGGUGAGACAACAGUUCAAGAAAAACAUGCAUGAAACUGAUCCAGAGAAGAUACAGAAAAUGAAGGAUGAUGCGGCAAGGGGUCUUAUCAAUCACAUUAUUUACGAGUCCGAGAAGAUGACAGGGCGUAAGUUCUCAGGUUAAGAAAGUAGCAAGUAGACUUUCAGCAUUUGCUGUACGAAUAGCAAUAAAGAGCAGCUUGAUCAUGUGGCUGUUGAUUUAUGUUAUCUCCUGACACAUGGACCAGCUAAUGCUUCGCUUGUUCUUGACAUAUUAAAGCAGUGAUUUUCAUCAGUUGCA